AUGACAGAAGCCUCUUCUGAUCAACCCGCUGCAGCAGCAGACGCUCUUGCUGCUGCUGCUGCUGCUGCAACAGCGAAUGAGAGGUCAGCAGCUCUGCAGCAGCAGCAGCAGCAGCUCAAAUGUGAAGUACCCUCGGCCUUAGAUCCUGCUGCUGCAGCAGCAGAAGCUGCUGCUGCUACAACCGAUAAUGCAGCAACAUCCGCUAUUGCCGUUGCUCCAGAUGCAGCAGCACACGCUGCUGCUGCAGCAACGACGGUUGCACCACCAACUAUGCCGACAACAGCAGCAGCAGGAGCAGCACCUGCAGCUGCAGUAGCAGCAGCAGCAGCUGUUGCUGCAGAGGAUAUGCUGACUUUGUCUAUGGAUACAGAAACCCCAGCAUCCAAUCCACUAGGACAGACACCAGCUGCUGCUGCUCCCUCAGACAACAACAACAACAACAACAGCAGCAGCAGCAGCAGCUUGGAUCCAGGAAGCUGUGCAAAUGUCCAGCAUGUACUGCAGCAGGAGCCGCAGCAAGAACUGCAGCAAGAGCUGCCCCAGGGGCUGCAGCAGCAGGAGCAGCAGGAGCAGCAGCAUCAGGAGCAGCAGCAAGGCAUAUUACCAGGAAUGUAUCAGGGACAGUGUGAAGGAGUCCCACACCGUUUGCUGCUGCAGCAGCAGCAGCUGUUCCUGCUGCAGCAAAAUAAGCAGCCCCUGCUGCUGCAGCAGCAGCUUCUGCAGCAGCAGCAGGAACGGCUGCGUACGGAGGAGCAGAAGCUGCGCAUGCGGCUGCAGGAGUUGCAGCAAGAAAAUCAGCAGCGGUCUGCUGCUGCUGCAGCAGCAGCUGCUGCACGUGCUGGAGGUGUGCAUGCAGACUGCAGCAGCAGCAGCUGCAGCAGCAGCAGCGACAUAUCUGGUGACGACAGCCGCCUAUCGAGAGACAGCUGCAGCAGCAGUAGACGCUGCUGCAACCAUGAGCUGCAGCAGCAGCUGCAGCAGCAGCAGCAGCGGCAGCAGGAGGCGAGUUAUAAGAGCUGCAGCAGCAGCAGGUUGCUACACCACUGCAGCAGUCGCAGCAGCAGUAGGGCCUUCGCAUGCAGCGCCAGUCACUACAGCACAGAGGCAGCAGACCACAGCAGCAGCCAGCAGCAGCAGCAGCAAGUGCUGCGGGAGUUUGUAAAGGAGUGCCCUCAGUGCCACAAGAGUUUACUGGUAGAACUCAUCCGUAUCCGCACCCCACAGCAGCAGCAGCAGCAGCAGCAGCAGCAGCAACAGCAGCAGCGCAGCAAAUUUUUGCGUGUGAAGCAGCAGCAGCCACAAGGCUUCUGCUGCUGCUGGGGGAAUGUUAGUGCAGAGACAGCUUUAGCAGCAGCAGAUGCUGCUGCACUGCAGCAGCAGCAGCAGCAAGAUAGGCAAACAGCAGCAGCAGCAGCAGAUGAGGAGGAGGCCACCUCCUCAUGGGUAUGGUCUCUAGAGAAACUGCUACUAGAUAUUUAG